AUGUAUUUCUUCACCAUUCUAGCUUCCUUGAUCUGCCUUCAAUUAAUCUCGACUGUUACUAGUGACUCAAAUGAUGCUAGCCGAAGUUCGCAGCCAAAUACUUUAAUUCAACCUUCAACAGUAAUUGAUAACGAAGAUAUAACCAAUUAUGACAAGGAGGAUGACGAGGACUACUUCGUUGUACCGCGAGCUGCAGAAUUUUUAAGAUUUGGUCGUCAAUUUCCAUCGACAUAUUCGUCAUUUCUUCGUUUUGGUCGUUCCCAACCUACCUUUCUCCGAUUCGGUCGUCCUGAUCCCAAUGGAGCUGCUUUUCUUCGCUUUGGCCGACAAGCUCCAAGCUCCGCUUCGAGCAACUUUCUUCGAUUCGGUCGACAGUUUCAACAAGCAGCUUCGAACAAUUUUCUUCGUUUUGGUCGCGAAGCUCAACCAGCAGCAUCAAGCAAUUUCCUCCGAUUCGGUCGUAAAGGUGAAUUCUUACGAUUUGGUUAA